AGUGGAUAUGAUACAUCAGCUAUGUACUCAUGGCAGUAUACCUAAACAAAGCAUAUUGAACAAAUAAACAAUCAUAUCAAGAACUUUGCGGACAUAAUAUCACUAAUAGACCCGCAAUGUGGUGAAAAUAACAGAACUGGAGACAGAAUGGUUCUGACGAAUUGAAACUGGCUUGAGUGCAAGUAAUUGAGUACGCUCUACUGAAGAUAACUGACCUAUAUUAGAGGUGCAGUUUUACUUACCUAUUAAUGACAAUAUUGAUUAGCAUAAAUAGACGGCAGUGUGAUGCGUAUCCGCACGUUGAAUAAUUACACCAUGAGGAAGUGUAGACAAUUCAAAUCAAGCUCCAGUCAGAAGAUUUGGUAUGCAUUUCUCUCUCUCACGACGGGUUGUUUCAUUGGGAUUCUCCUCACAAGAUAUGGCUACGUUUUAGAAAAGAUCGAGGUCAACGUAGCAAUUGACUGUGUAAAUGGUACCAAAAUCUUGUUUCACAGUCCGGAAGUGGACAAUAACACUACCAACUUUCGUGUGCCCAAUAUUGUGCAUUUUAUUUGGUUCGGAAAGAAUAGGGAGAUGACAUUCAUUCAGAUGGUUAGUAUUAUGAGUGCCCAUAAGAUACAGCAACCCGAUGUGAUAAUGUUCCACUGUGAUUUUCUUCCAUCGGGAAAAUACUGGGACGAAUUGAAGAGGAACAUACCGAUAAAAAUCAUCCAUCGUGACCAACCAAAAGAAAUAUUUGGUCAAAGCAUUCUGCAUGUCUACCAUAGAGGCGACAUCGCAAAACUACAAAUUCUGCAAGAAUUUGGUGGCAUUUAUAUGGAUUACGAUGUCAUAAUGGUAAACAAAAUGAAUCAGUUAAGAAGAUAUGACAUGGUCAUUGGCUUAGAGAAACGGAAAAAGUUCAAUGCUGGGAUUAUAUUAUCACACAAAGAUGCUAUUUUUCUAAAACUUUGGUAUGAAUCAUACAGGAACAAUUACCGAGCCUUUGACUGGGAUUAUAAUUGUGGCCGAUUACCAUAUGGAAUAUAUUUGGAGAGACCUGAUUUGCUACACGUUGAACCCUACAAAUUCACCACGCCUGAUUGGACAGAGCGACAUCUUUUGUUUGAUGAGGUUAUCAAUUGGAGAGAGUUGUAUGCGAUACAUUUAAUGCUUCAUUUAGAUUGGACAAAAUACACACCCGAAACAGUGAAAUCGUUGAAAAACACAUUUGGAGAAGUAGUUCGGAAUGUUUAUUAUGGCGAUUCUAAAGUCAUACAGAAUUAGAGUUGCAAUAAUUACAUGAAAAGGAUUUACAUGGAUAAAGCCUACCUUGCACCAGUUACAGGUAAAAUUGACGAAGAGAGGGAUUGAAAUUUACUUGAGAGCAAAGCCACUUUGGUUGUUCAACUUUGUGAACACAUUCUCAGGCAAAUCACAUCCGAUAUUUCGAGGCCAAUAUCAAGGAAACAUUCAUUGAACGCUACAUACUUAAUAAAAUAAGGCUCUACUGUCAAUAGCUGAGAGAGCAUAUAUCAUAUGUCAUAUAUACUUUUAAAGAACCACAUUUUAAAUAAAUAAGUUACUUUAAUAUUUGACAACAAGUGAUACGUAUUGACAUUAGCUACGAGGCAAAACUAUUUCCAAACCUUAUCUCGCUUGCCUGGCAAUAGAAGAACACGAUGAAAACCCUUACGGAAUGAGAUUGUACACAAUAUUGAAUCAAAAGUUGAUGACUUGAGAUCAAUUAAAGCUAUACAAUUAACUUUACAACUUGUCACUGCUAGAGUAAUAUUUCUCAAUGGAUGUGAAAAAGACGAGGCGCCUCAUCCUGACUACACUAGAGAAGUAGAGAUUGAAUAUGUGUUUAAGGCUAGAGUUAUGCUGACAUCCACAUACAAUCCCAUGCGAUUUUUAUUAUUCUAUCGAUUCCCUUAUGAGUGAAACCUUUUGGAUAUCAUCAUGAUAUUAGGUUUAAAAUAAGUAAAACUCUCCCUUCUCUAAUUUAUCAAUGUGCAAAUAUAAAAUGGAGACCCCAUGUUUUGUUUUGAAUAUCAUGGUGAUCAUAUAAAAGGUUAUUCCCCCCGGUUGUGGUUGCAUAUUUGCCCGCAUAUUUGGUAUAACUUUUUUGUUAAAGGUACUACCCUUCUUAAAACUAAAGUACUCGUGUCUUUAAGUGUAUUGGAUACCCUGUAAUGGAUUUACUUGCAUUUUGUAUCGGUGGAGACAUAUCGUGGUACCAUAACAUUACCAAUAUGAACAAUUUCGGUGGCCGCCGCAAAAUAUGC